GGGAUUGGUCCUCUCCCACUCCGUAGCUUGUGCACUCAGGGGGCGGAGCCUGUAAGCAUGGCUGAUGAGGCGACCUGGAGGCCUCCACGAGCAUGUGAUGACUACUGGUCUGAAUGGAAACACUGCCGGAGCAUCCGGAACCUUUUCCAUAAUUACUAUACUUAUGGGGAAGCACCUACAUGUAAGCAGUGGAAAAGGGACUAUGAAAACUGCAGAGAGUGGGAGAAAACAAAAAGCUCUGCGGCAAAGGACUCCCUCUGUAAGAGUGAAAGAGAGCGGAUUGUGGAAAAACAGAAGCGCGCGCCGGUGUGGAACUUAAGGAAAAGCCCUCCAGUGGACUGGUACCUGCCUCUUGAUGAAGGCAAAUCAAAGUGAGGUUGGAGUGGGGCUGUACUGCCUUGGAGUUCUUUACAGAAAGAAUGUUGUGUGGAAGAGUUCCCCUGCCAUCAAUCCAUGCUGCCAGCAGUUGUGUCACAUCAUUUUUCAAGAUAUAAAGACCUUUUCUGAAACACAUCCUUACUGGUGUGUUAAAAAGCAGCAUACUUUGCGAGAACCAUAUGCAAUGUCAUUUGAAGUUUGACUAACAGCUUCAGCAAAUGCUCCUGAAAGCCUGUGCUAGCUUGAUCAUAAAGUAACUGAGGAGUUACAGGUGGAGGACGCAGGGGGAGCCUAUGGAGUGGGUCUUGGCUCCGUAUACCCACUUCAUCUGCUUGAUGGCAAUCUACCCUGCAACUGAUCCACACUGGCUUUCCUUGUCCUGUAUUGUACUAUCAUAAUAUAAUGUUCAAGUUAAUUCCUGACUUGGCAGCAUCUUCA